CUUCAGUAUCAAACGCUCUGCAUGAUACCAUAGUAAAGAAUUCAUGUGAUCAGAAUAGUUUCAUGCAUCCAGACGAAUCUCCAUUAAGCAGAGCGUCAUCAAGAAUAUUUAACGAAUUGCGAGAGUGUGUGCCUGAUAUCGCGCUAAAAAAAACAUCAGAGCAAGAACAUUGCUCUCAAUUUCUUCACCUAUAUAUCAAUCUGAUUUUCUUUAAAAGAUAUAAUAAUUAUGAGGUGCAGUUAGAUCGUUCAGUUAAGGGCACAAAACAAAGGCCCGAUCUUUCAUGUACUGUGGAUGGUAUAUCUUUAUUAAAUUCAGAAAUAAAACCCUUGGGAUGUAGUCCUUUGAAGCAAAAAAAGGAUAUAAUAAAAGCUCAUUUACGAACAGGACAGACUAUCAAUCAGCUUUUGUCCUCAAAAGGUGGUUCAGGAGA